AGGCUGAGGGCAGACCACUUCGGUGAGCCCAUCGACGGACGGGCACGAUGCCGCGAAGUCAGGCUCGGGUGUUUGAGGAUGCGGGUGAGGACGAGAACCGCAAGGCGCAGAAGAAAUGUUGCGUGUACAAGUACAUCCGCGUGGGACAGAGUCUCGGCGAGAGAUUCUGUGGCAAUCGCAUGUUCAAGUGCGUUUUUUGCGGCCACGAGUUCCAGGGCAACCAGUUUGUGGCGGGGCGCCAUUUCCGGCACGACAAGGGAUGUCCGGAAGUGACCGACGAGGCACUUGUCGACAUUCACUACAAUAGCGACUACAAGAUGUCCGACAAGCUCCUAGAGCGGACCCAACGAUUUGAGGAGCUUCACGAUCUGGCGCUUGCGAUAGAUCCGCGACGGGAUGUGGCAGGACAGGGAGAGAUGAGGGACGUCGAGGAGCAGAUCGACGUGGGCGACGAUGUCGAGGAGGUUGCGCGGGCGGGGGAAUUGUCGGGGCCAGUGAAGGUUUUGUGGCCUUCAGAUAACGAGAUUGCGAACAUAGAGACCAUUGUCCACACGGCGGACGAUGUGGGAGUUGAUCUCGCGGAGUUCAGGGCUCCUUUCUAUGUCACGGGGGCCACCAUUAUGUCGGACGGAAGGAAGUCACGCGAUGCUAGACCCAUCGUGAACUUCCUUGCCGGCGGGUCGCAUGGGGCGAUGUUCGUCCGGACGAUGAACAGGGAGGGUGAGCGGGACCGGGCGCCUGAUGUGUUGGCACGCUGGAUCAAGGUGUUUGAUCCCCCUAAGUGGGUGAACGUCAUCUGCACCGACUCCGCCUCGGCGUACGUCGCCGCGAAGAACAUGCUCCAGGGGCCAGAGCAUCGACGGAUCACGUGGCUCCCAUGCGAAGUGCAUAUCUGCAACAAGAUGUUGUCAGACAUUGGCUGUUCGGGCGCGUGGUCCAAGGACAUCAUCGUGCGGGGGAGAGCGGUGGUGCGCUUCAUUAAGGAGCAUGGCGCCGCUCUCCAUAUCUUUCGGCGGGAGAGCAGGCAGAUGGGCCUCAUUUAUCCGUGCAAGACAUGUUUCGCAUCUGUGUUCGAGAUGAUGGAGCGUUUGCUGGCAGUGAGGUCAGCAUUGGAGAGGACGGUGUACGACGAUACUUGGGCUAUGGUCCCUUGGGACCAUUCUGUUCGUCAAUUGGCUAGGUGGGUCAGGUGGCAAGUGCGACAUGGCACUUGGUGGGAUUCCAUGGGCAUCCUGUUCCGUAUCAUGGAGCCUGUGUACGACCUGCUGCGCAGGUUGGACCGUGGAGGGCUGCACAUGUCGCGGGUGGUUCAGUGGACAAAGGAUGUGGCCCGCCAGGUAGCAGAGGAGGUUUGUGCACUUCCGGCUGAUCUUGCACACUACAUUGUGCAGAGGGUGCAGGCUCGAUGCGCUCACAUGUUGGAGUCGGCGCACGCCGCUGUACACCUUCUUUGUCCCAGCCGGUGGGACUUGCGGUACUUCAAGGGCGUAGUCAGCGACUACGACGCGAGCUUAGUGAGGGAGGCGGAGACUUACAUCUUGUCGCAGACAGGGUUCAGUGUAACGAGCCCCGAGUACGAGACCUCAUCUGGCACAUUGCGCCCGUACCCUCGAGACGGCGGCAACGAUUACGAGGGCCGGGAGGAGGAGGACGAGCGGGCGGGCCCUGCUACUGCCACUCAUGCGGCAGAUGGGCGUGAUGAGUGGAGCGACCCAGAGGACGUCCGUAGACGGAGUGGCGGAGAUGACCUCUUCGUUGGAGUUGAUUUGGAGGAGGAGUUAGGGGGUCGUCAUGGGAGCCCUCUAGAGAGUCAGAGGCCUACGUCCAUUGACCCGCGGUCCGAUGAGCGGGAGAGAGAUCCUGGGUCUGUACCUUCGAGGGGGGCAGAGUCGGGGAUUGGUGGGGUCGCCCCUUGCCAUCGUCCUGCGCAUGUUCUUAGUGGCAUGGCAUCAUCCACCCCUCUUCCCACUUCGACGAAGCAGCUUCAUCGACACCCAGCCCGCGAUGGUCGAUUGCACAGAUUGGUAAGAGGCCCGAGACAGCGAUUGGAGGACAGAUUAGCGGGUGGUCCUUCACCGGUUCAGGGGGACGAGGGCGAUAGACAGGGGUUGGUUGGUGGAGAUGGUGGUGCGUUGGCCGGAGGCGGAAACGAUGCCGAGGUUGCUGCGGCGGUUGAGGCGCACGAGAUUUGGAGUGGCGGGGAUGAGGGGAUACCGAUGGGUGGCGGAGGCGGUUUCAAUGAGUUUGGUGACGACUUAUUGGGACAAAUCAGCUUCCUGGACCCAAAUACUUUCUCACCUGCCAUGCGCGUAGAGGUGAUGUCGAGGGCAGAGAGGGAUGAGGACCGGACACCCCCUGGAGAGACAUCUGCAAAGAGGUUGGAUAGGCUUGAUAAUCAUCGAGCUAGCCUCAUGGCACAAAGGGACCCCAGGACACAGGAGCUCGCCCGUCUUGCGGCCGAGGACCAACAAAGACAGUUGGGGACAUUUACACCGGCGUCCCUUGACGUAGCGCCAGGUGCCCACACGGAUCCUCUGGCAGAGGUUCACAAUACGACGCAAUGGGAGGCAGUUUUAGCCGAUGCUUCGAGUAUGGGAGUGGAUGUUCGGCAGGGGGCGCAUGAGAGCGGGUUGGCACCGCCAGAGGAGCCACGUUCGGAGCCGGUGCAGCCUCCUGCCGUCCAGCUGAGGCCUGAGGAGACGUUGCACGAGGUCGCGGGCGUGCCUCUGCCCACAGGUUUGGUUGAGGGUGUCGUGCAGAUGUCCCCGGAUCUAGAGGACAUACAGACAGGGCAGUCAGUGGGCGUUGAUGAUAUUCGCCCAUCGGCACAGGCGAAGGGGAUAGCACCGACCACGGGGGGGAACGGGGGUGUAGCGGGGGCCGUUGAUGUUGGCGGGGKGGGGGUGCCCGUUCAGGCCGAUCCGAUGUCCACGUCUGGGGGGGGAGAUCUUGCACAGGUCGACAGGCGUGACGCAGACGGACAGGAGAUGUCACAGACUUUGGUGGUUCGCACUGUUGUGGGGCCAGUGUGGCCACAUCAGGCACCGUUUUUGGAGGAUCAUAGGGUCUAGUGCACAGGGCGGUGGCCCGGUCGAGGAGCGACGUGUAGGCAGGGGCGCGUGCAUACCUCCGGUCCUUACUUUUGCGCCGUCACG